AUAACUUGUACAAAGUUCUCAUGUUUACAGAGAUAUAUAUAUAUACACACACACAUACAUAUCUGUAUAAAAACACAUAGUACCUAACCAACAAUUUCAUCAAACAUUUCACAGUCUUGUAAUUUGUUCAUAGAGGAAGAUCAAAGCAAAGAGGGACAGAAAUGGCAAUGAGAACGUCUCGAACCAGUGGAACUGCACCGAGCCGUCCUCCCCGAGCCAUGGGGCGUCCUGUGUAUGAAGAUUUUAAGCCCGUCUCAGAAUUGAAAGAAGAAGAAGAAGGAGGAGCUGAUGUACUAUAUCUUUAUCUUCCCGGUUUUAUGAGGGAACAAGUAAAGGUUUCAACUGAAGGCCAGAAUACACUUAGGGUUCGCGGGGAGCGCCUAGUUGGGGCGAACACAUGGAGCCGUUUCCAGGAAGAUUUUCCCAUUCCAGAAAACUGCAAUACGAGAGAGAUCCGUGCCAGUUUUGAGGGUGGAACUCUUGCCAUUACAAUGCCGAGGAAAAUCAUCCCCCAAGUUAGCCCUAAGGUCGAAGCCAAGACAACCCGAGAAGCUCUGAUCCCUCAGGAGGCCACGAGCAAGCAAAGAGAUGCCAAGAAUGUCCAGCCUUCGAGCCCUCCAAAACCUGCAAACCAGCCAAUGCCUCAAAAAGUUCAAUAUGGCGGUACCCCUCCAAAGGAUUCUCCAGUAAAGACUCAGAAGGGUCCUCAAGAAGACGUUCCAGCAAAAUCUGAUCUGAACGCUGAUAACGCGAAGCAAAGAGACGCCAAGAUUGUCCAGCCUUCGAGUCCUCCAAAACCUGCAAGCCAGCCAAUGCCUCAAAAGGCUCAAUAUGACGGUGCCCCUCCAAAGGGUUCUCCAGUAAAGCCUCAGAAGGGACCUCAAGAAGACAUUCAAACAAAAUCUGAUCCCAACGCUGAAAACGCGAAGCAAAGAGAUACCAAGAUUGUCCGGCCUCCGAGCCCUCAGAAAGCUGCAGGCGAGCCAAUGCCUCGAAAGGUUCAAGAAGACAAUAUCCCUCCAAAAGGUACUCCAACCAUCGGUGGCAACAAACAGACAGAUGGGAGGAGUACUGGUACCCAAAAACAAACAGAAGAAAAGAGUACCCAACUUAUGGAGACAAAACCUAGGAAACUUACGAGGAAGAUCGUAGAGAAAGUAAAAGAAAGUGGUGAUAAAAGAAAAGAAUCAGUGGAGGCUAAAAAGAGAAGAGGAGAGAGUGACCGAAUUGUCGGUACCCAAGAAGUAAUUGCCGGUGGUAGUGGUAAUAAACUGGAGAGUUAUAUACAGGCAGUGAAGGGUCUUGUCAGAGGCACGAGUGAAGAGAGACAACUGAUGGUGAAUAUGGGUGUUGCUGCUCUGGUGAUUGUGGCUCUUGGGGCUUCUAUCGCCUACAACUUUGGGUCCUCUGGGAAAUCCAAAGACUAGUUCUUUUAGUAGAUCCAUAUUACAUGUUACAAUAAUACAUGGGUAUAUACACACUUUACUACCUCAUGCUGUAAAUAACAGUGCUUUCUGUCCAUAACAUGAAUAUUAAUAAACAAAGUACAUCAAGUGAUAAAAA